CUUUGGUCGGGUACUGCCGAUGCAAGCGUCCGACGCACCGCUUCCAGGGCCGAAUAUGAAGAACACGCGCAAGAUCUCGCCCGAACUCGCGCCGCCCGCCCAUGACAAACCCGCCACCUCCAACAACCCGUCCACGAAUGCCAUCCUCGAACUCACGCGCAAGGGGUCCGGGAUCAAGCGCCAAGGGACGACCCGACUCGGGCCGCCGCCGUCGGCUCUCCAGCGGCGGGCCAUGGGGGUCCUCGAGUCCCAGCUCUUCUCAGGGCUCAUGAACAUCAUCACGAUCUACUGCCUCGUGGGGGACGACCUGCGGGUGGUCGUGGCGACCAAGUCGAUGGACAUUGGGUUCUACGUGGUCGCGUUCAUCUUCUUCUGCCUCUUCUGCGUCGAGUUCCUACUCAGCUGCUUCGCCAAGCCCUUGUACAUCGGGUCCUUCUACUUCUACCUGGACAUUGUGGCCACGAUCUCGCUCAUCCCUGACAUCGGGUUCAUCUGGGACCUCAUCGUGGGCUCGGACACGCGCAACGUGGCGGCGCUCAGUGCCGGCAAAACCGGGCGUAUUGUGCGCGUGGUGCGUAUCGUGCGCCUCAUUCGAAUCGUCAAGCUAAUCAAGUGGCGCCACAACGAGGAGCAGAAGCAGCAGGUGGCCGAGUCCAAGACGGGCGGGCGGCUGGCCGAGAUGACCACGCGGCGGGUGGUCAUGAUCGUGAUCUUCCUUUGCUUUGUGCUCCCGGCCUUCGACGGCGGGUACAACGACCCAAUCAACUCGUUCGAGACCAAGGGCUUUGAGAGUCUCCAUGUGUUCAACUUUCAGCCGAUGCCGUGCGUGGAAUUUAUUGGCAUGCUCAAUAUCUGGGUCACGCGCACGACAAACGAUCUCAUGUACCUCCGCAUGAGUACGAUCCCGUUUGACACGACGACGCAGUGGCUUUCCAAAGUCCGCUUCAGCAGCCUCGACCUCAAGGUGGCGAAUCUCACGAGCGACCCCACCACGGGGUGGAGUCCGGCCAAGAUGCACCUCUCCGAGGACGACGUGCUGCUCAACUACCGCGUCACGGACCUCCGCGUGAUUCGCGUCACGGGCUGCUACUCGACCGAAGUGAACCCAGUCGCCUCGGCGAACGGCAACUGCACGUCCAUCGCGUACUUCGACAUCCAGGACGACAUCAAGGCCGCGGCCAAGGCCAGCAUGAUCAAGUCGGUGUUCGUCAUGUUCGUGCUCAUCGCGUCGUCCAUUUCGUUUGUCCGCGUCGCGCGCAAAAUCGUGCUCGACCCCAUCGAGCGCAUGAUGGCGACGGUGCACCGGUUGGAGUUGAAUCCACUGGCGAAACACACGACGGUGGAGCAAGACGACCAAAAGCUGGCCAAGGAGCAAGGGUUUGAGACGGCGUUGCUGGAGUCCACGUUGGAGAAGAUUUCGGCGCUGAUGCAGGUGGGGUUUGGGGCGGCGGGGGCGGACAUCAUUGGCAAGAACAUGGGCGCGGGCGAGGUGGACCCGAUGCUUCCGGGCAAAAAGAUCACGUCAAUCUACGGGUUCUGUGAUAUCCGGCAGUUCACCGACACGACCGAGUGCCUCCAGGAAGAGGUCAUGGUGUACGUCAACAAGCUGGGCCACAUCAUGCACAGCGGCACCCACGCGUACUAUGGCAUGGCCAACAAGAACGUCGGCGAUGCGUUUCUGCUGUCGUGGAAGCUUUGCGACGGGGAGAUGGCUGGCUUUGCCAGAUUUAGUGACACCCCCACCGAGGAGGACCGGAAGGCGGUCAACUCGACCGUCAAGUGUCCGCCCAACAGCGGCGCGGGCCGCAAAAUGCGGCGGCUGACGCCCACAGAGCUGGCCGACUCGGCGCUCACGGCGUUCCUCAAGUGCAUGAUAGACCUGGACAACGCCAAUUCGUUCGGGGUGCUGCACGAGUACAUCAUCAAGGACGUAGUGAUCAAGCGGUUUGGGCCGGGGUUCCGCAUCCAAAUGGGCUUUGGCAUGCACGUGGGGUGGGCGAUUGAAGGCGCGAUCGGGUCGCGGUUCAAGAUCGACGCCACGUACAUCAGCCCCCACGUCGAGAUGGCGGACCGGCUGGAAGCUGGCUCCAAGAUCUUCAAGACCAAAAUUAACGUCAGCCACUGGCUGUACGCGCUGCUGUCGCCCGCCGCCCGCAAGUUUAUGCGCAAAAUGGACACCAUCCAGAUCCGGGGGGUGGACACGCCGCUGACGGUGUACACGUUCGACGUGACGAACCCCAAGAACGGGUUCGCGACCCCCAAGUUCGACACGGACGAGCGGGGCAACCAGGUGCAGAAGGCCGUGGACUUUGAGCACGACCCAGAGUACAAGGAAAUCCGGGAAGGACUCGACCCAGAGUUCCUCGAGAGCGCCGCCGCGGGGGUGGACCAGUACUUGGCUGGCGACUGGGCCGGGGCCAGGGGGGCCCUUACGCACGCGCUGCAGCUACGCCCGACGGACGGACCGUGCAAAUACGUCAUGGACUUCCUCAAAGAACACGACUUUCAAGCGCCGCCCGACUGGAAAGGCGUGCGGACUCUUAAUGGGUACUAGUACUAGGUAGUAGUAGUACUCAAUGGGUUCUAGGUCGUACUGUACUCAUUGAGUACUAGGUAUAUGUUACUCAAUGGGUACUAGUGGUGUCAGGUGGGUAAAGUAAACGAAGUGAUGUUGUCGAGUGUACAAUAAGUAUACUCGAGGGAUUGGGGGCAAUAAAAAUACAAAACUUUUAAUACUGAGAGUAAUCAGG